GCCACCAAAAGUGCCCAUGCGGCUGGCGGAGGACACGCGACGCGGCGAGGUCAUGCCCCCCAUCUCUCGAUUAGCGACCCGAGUCACCAUGUGACAGAAGCGAUCGGGCAUAUGUACGACGAUGACUACGACCCCAACGAUCCAAGACGCCUCAGCUAUAUAUCUUCCCCGCAGGGCGAGUCAAUAACAACCGUUCCGCGGGCCGCCGCAGGAUCUGAGUCCUCCCCCUCCCCGUCCUCCCCCCUGCAUAAUUCUUUCUCGGAAGUGCAAGCAAGACCGCCAAAUAGCCAUACUCGACCGCCGCUUAUUUCGAACCGAGCCUAUGAGCGGGAAACCGACUCUGCACUCCCUGAGGGGACUCGGUCUCCUUCAGAAACCGCUACCUCUUCUUUCCCUCUGAACGAUAUCGACUACGAAUCCAACCCUGCCGCCGUUGCCCAGGAGCUCAACAACCUCGCUGCUAUUCGGCGCAUGUCCAUGGAUGUCGCGGCUACUGGUGACCCUGAUCUCCCGGACUUUUCGCUGCCUCCCUCCCCCUCAGCCGACGAAGAUGACGCCUCAAGAUUAUUUUGGGUGCCCGCACGAUUACACCCCGAGCUCGCCCCCAAGGAAUUUAAGUCUUUUCUAGAUAGCAAAGCUGAUCACAUUAAGCGUCGGUCUGGGGAUUACUCUGGCCGUGGAACGGAGCGUCAAGGAUCGGGGGCUGGACUUCAGCGCAAGCGUUCUAUGCUAUCGAGGCAAAUCGACAAUUCUUCGGGUUAUACGGAUGGCGCGGAUCGAUUGGAGCGUCAGCGCUCCCAAUCAAAUCGACGGGAUGGCAUGUUGAGUCCGAACUUGCAACAGCUGGAGACUUUGGUGGACGAUUCGAAAGUGCCGGAAAAAGAAUCGACACUCAUGCGCGGUAUGCAAGAUUUAACCACUGAGGAUAAGCCAAUCUUGCCCCCAGCACCUCUGGGCAACAGUUUGCGCCGAUCGACUAGGACACAGUAUAUUAAAGCGGGGAGUGUGAAAAAGGGCGAGAAGUUACCAUAUUCGAAACGAGUCGGGCGGGGAGCUUCCGAGUCUGCAGGUAGUGAUGCAGAUACACCCCCGGUACCCGCGAAGUCUCGCAUGUCGCCUGAUCCUGUACCCAAUACGAACCGCACAGCUCGAUCCCAGUCUGCUUCAUCCCAUGGCACAGCAUAUACAUCAGGCGCAAGUCCUGCCUCAACGUUUGACCCGAUAGCCGAUCACCCUGAAGGCGAGCGAGAAGACUCUUACGCGGGUGAUCAUUCGGAUGCUACCUCGGAGCGUUCUGACGGAUCACGGCAAUGGCAUUCUCGAAUUAGUUCCAACGGACGAUCUACUUUGGUCACACCUCCAGGCGAUCAACAAAUCCCCGCGAUUGUUGAAACUCCCCCUGCUCCAGAGACCAAGCGCAUUCCCAGUCCUCCUUCACAACGUCCAGCGGACCGAGCUGCAACAUCAACGCCACCACCGAAAACAUCAUUGCAUGACCAGGCACCUAACAAACGCUCCAAGAACUCCCGCCAGUCUUCCGAAAGCACGUCUUCACUCAAUGAUUUCGCCAAUAACCCCCAGAUGAUACCCGGCAACAGUACUCGCACUGAUAGUCUUUCGUUCAUCCCCACAAUACCAGAAGAGCGCAAACACGAAGAGCGCAAAUCCGAAGGAAAGAAAUCAAAAGACAAGAAAGAUUCCGAUGGGACUCGCAAGUCAAGUUGGCACUGGUUGUUGGGUAGCGAAGAGAAGGACAAAGACAAGAAAAAGCACAAGGAAAGCGAUUCAAAAAGCACUAAAUCAAAGGCCGACAAGUCCCACGAUAAUACACGCCUGGAUGUACUUCAAUCAUCGAUCGACAGCACGCCGCGUACCCGUGAAAGUCUCGUAUUGGACCGCUUAGAUCCGAAACUGGAGGAAGAACGGCGCAAGGAAGGUGCCAGAAGAGCAUCCGGGGACAAGAAAGAAAAAGAUGGCAUUUUUUCCUCUAUAUUUGGUGGCGGACGAAAGAAGCAUGGCGGAGAAGGCCACCAUCGCAAACAUUCAUCUCGAAACCUGUCUCCCGAUCCGCCGAUGCGGGUCAUGCGCCCUGAUAUGGACUACCCUUGGACUCGCUUCUCUAUCCUGGAAGAGCGGGCAAUCUAUCGCAUGGCACAUAUCAAGCUUGCAAACCCCCGGCGAGCACUUUACUCUCAAGUAUUGCUGAGCAACUUCAUGUACUCUUACCUGGCCAAGGUGCAACAGAUGCACCCCCAGAUGGGGCAUUCUUCGUCAGGAUCCCAAAGGUCCUCAAAAUCUAGGGAUCAGCCAGAUGAGUACACGCAAUAUCAGCGAUACCAAGAGUCCCAGGAACAGCAACAUUAUGCAGAAAGUGCCUACGAUGACUCUUCCAUGUACGAAUAUGACGACGAUCCGCAUGAUCGCUACGGCGCCCAUUCGAGAGGCAGCAAGCAAAGCUAUGAAAAUAGUAGCGCUUAUGGCCCGGGGUACCAAUACGGACACUCGUCCUUUGGCGACGACGUUCAACUCGAUGAUGACGAUGACGAUGAUAUGUGGUGA